ACAAAGGUUCUUAUCAUCAAGCACUUUGAAUUACACUUAAAAGCCAAUGCAGAGACACGUGAACUUGGGUUUUUUCCAAGCCAGGGGGCAAAUGUUAAGACAGGGAUCAUAUCCAUAACCUCUUUUUCUGCCCUGCAGCUCCAGCACUUAACAUCUGAGACCAGACAACACGCAGGUCACAGGUUUACAAGCAUGCUGUGAUGCUCGACCGCUACUCUGACCUGAGUCGAAACCCAUCCGUGAGUGGAUGCAGGAGGCCAGCCCAGGAUGAAUGGUGAUUCAGGUGCCGGGGUUGUUACGGCCCCCCCUCCCACUACAGCUCCCCACAAGGAGCGCUACUUUGACCGCGUGGAUGAAAGCAGCCCGGAGUACCAAAGAGAAAGGAACAUGGCGCCCGACCUCAGGCAGGACUUUAACAUGAUGGAGCAGAAGAAGAGGGUCUCAAUGAUACUACAAAGCCCGGCCUUUUGUGAGGAGUUGGAGACAAUGAUCCAGGAUCAGUUGAAGAAAGGGAAGACCCCCACCAGCCUCCUGGCUCUGCAGCAGAUCGCAGACUUCAUGACCACCAGUAUGCCUUCCAUGUAUCCUGCUGCACCACAGGGAGGCAUGGCAGCACUCAACAUGAGUUUAGGCAUGGUGACUCCUGUCAAUGACUUGAGGGGCUCAGACUCCAUCUCCUACGAUAAAGGAGAGAAGCUACUUCGCUGCAAGCUGGCUGCCUUUUACCGUCUAGCUGAUUUGUUAGGCUGGUCUGAGCUCAUCUACAACCACCUCACAGUUCGUGUGAACUCUGACAAAGAGCAUUUUCUUAUUGUCCCUUUUGGGCUUCUGUUCAGUGAAGUCACUGCCUCCAGUCUGGUGAAGAUAAACAUUCAAGGUGAAAUUGUGGACCGGGGAAGCACCAACCUGGGGGUCAAUCAGGCUGGCUUCACUCUCCACUCUGCCAUCUACGCAUCGCGACCCGAUGUCAACUGCAUCGUCCACGUACACACAUCUGCAGGGGCUGCGGUGUCGGCCAUGAAAUGUGGUCUUCUGCCCAUCUCACCUGAGGCUCUGUCUCUGGGCGAGGUGAGGUACCACGACUACCAGGGCAUAGUGGUGGAUGAAGGAGAAAAAGAAGACAUACAGAGAAACAUUGGGCCUAAGAGCAAGGUGUUGGUCCUGAGGAAUCAUGGGCUGCUGUCUGUCGGUGAAACAGUGGAGGAAGCAUUCCUUUACGUCCACAACUUGAUCACUGCCUGUGAGAUCCAGGUGCGAACACUGGCCAGUGCUGGUGGGCCCGAUAAUCUGGUGAUGCUGGACCCGAGUAAAUACAAGUCACGUCCAAAGGUCCCCGAGCCCGUUGGUGAGGGGUCCUCUACACACCCCAAGUGGCAGGUGGGGGAGCAGGAGUUUGAAGCUCUUAUGAGAAUGUUGGACAACCUGGGCUACAGGACAGGUUAUCCUUACCGCUGCCCCGCAUUGCGAGACAAAGGUAAAAAAUACAGUGAUGUGGAGAACGCUCCCUCUGCCCACGGUGGUUACUCAUAUGGGGACGACAGCGACUCGGGCGCUCGCUCCCCGCUGAAACACAGCUUCCAGCGUGGCCAGCGUGACAAGACCCGUUGGGUAAAUUCCAGCGGGCGGCCCGACGAGCCCUGCGAGGACGGGCCUGACGGCAGCAGUCCCAAGUCGAAGCCUAAGGUGUGGACGAACAUAACACAUGAUCACGUCAAACCCUUGCUGCAGUCUCUCUCGUCCGGUGUCUGCGUGCCAAGCUGUAUAACCAACUGCUUGUGGUCAAAGGAAGACGGUGUCCGUCAGGCUGCUGUAGCCAAUCAGUUCAUCCCAUUGAACACCAACCCAAAGGAAGUCCUGGAAAUGCGUAUUAAGAUUCGUGAGCAGAACCUGCAGGACAUAAAGACUGCAGGCCCGCAGUCUCAGGUUCUGUGUGCCGGUACUAUGGUGGAACGCACCUAUACCCAGGGGGAGCUGGUGACUGCGUCCAAGGCCAUCAUUGAAAAGGAGUACCAGCCCAAAGUUAUCGUUAGCAAGACGGGUCCCAAUCCCUUCACCAUGCAGACGGACCAGGUGCUGGAGGCGUACCGCAGGGAGGUGGAGCAGAAACAGAAAGGGUCUGAAGCCGGCAUAUUGGAGCUACAGGGGUCCUGUGAGCUUUUUUACAUGCAGGGACAAGAUGCUAGUAGGAAGGGAUCUUCUUCCGGUGCAUCCUGCCCUGAGCCUGAGAGACUGCAGAGAGGUCAUUCCUCUGUCUCCACAUGUCGUCGGUCUACGGUUGACUCUCCCGGUGUUCAGAAACUUCUGCCAACCCCCGCCUCAGAUCAGAGCUCUAGUGGGGCAGUGCUGGCUCAGCACGGUGCUGGCUCUGCGGGGACUCUAGCGGAUGAUGUUUUUUCCACCGCAGACGAGGUUUUUACAGGUCCAGAUUCCCCCCAAAAGGAGUUCCACAGUGCAGUGCUGCGAGCCCUCACCAAGGAGGCGACAGUGGUAGAAGCGGCUGCAGACCCAGAGCAGCUAGAGGAGCCGGUGGAGGAGCCUAAAGGCCAGAAAACCACCUACACACCUCCCAGCACUCCAGUCAGAGUAGAAGAAGAGUCCUUGCCUGAACCCAGCUUCAAGGAUGAAAGUGACGCGGCCACCCUGAGACAGACCCUACCAGAUUUAACACCUGACGACCCCUUCGAAGCUCCGGCACUUCCUGCCGAGGACUCCGCCCCUGCCGCCGUAGACACAGCUGAUGGGGAGGAAGCAGCUGACGCUGGCGAGCAGGAGGGGGAGGAGUCCCCCAGCAAAUCUCCCUCUAAGAAGAAAAAGAAGUUCCGCACCCCAUCCUUCCUAAAGAAAAACAAAAAAAAGACAGAUUCCUAGAUUGAAGGUGGUGGGAUAGGUCCUCAAUAUUGUCCUCCUCCUCUUCCUCCCCCUCCACUGAUAUUUUUUCUGCUUCCUGUCAGCAGUUGUUGCACCCUUUAACCAUACCACAGUCACACACAGUUAUGCUUUUUGUUGUCGUUUGGCCUAAUAACCUAUUUUUCCUAGUGUGUGCCAAUUGUGUAUACAGUGUAAAAAUGACAUGAAACAUAAAGGUUUCUCUCUUUUUUUAAUAUUACAGGCUUUUAGUUGUGAGUGAGUGAUGCAGUCAGUCUUCAGCCCGGCCUUUCAUGCAUGUCUAUAACUACACACCCUCAGGCUUGAUGUGAGGUUGUAGGACUUUUCAACCUGAGUAUUACUAAAGUGUCGUAACCACUAAAGAGUAAUGGGAUUGUAUCACUGGGUCUUACACGUACACUGACAGAGAAGCUUGUAUCUUUGCAUUUUACUCCUGCUAAAUUGAUGACAGACAUACAAAUAACUUUUGUGUUUAUUUUACUUUAAGCUGUGGGUCCAGGUCAUCACAUGUUAGCAGGUCAGGAGCAAUACAGUACAGCUAUUUUUUUUGUAUCUGUGAAGCCUGCUAAUCUAUAUUACCAUGUCCAUAAUCCAAUAUAUUAACUAGUUCAUCAGUAAUCAAGCUUCAGUCACACCAAUCAUUAUAAAAAAUAUCCAUGCUCAUUUAACACAACUUUAGGGAGAAUUGUUUUUCCCUUUUUUUAACAUAGAUUUGUUGUUUAAAGGAGUUCAGAAAUGUCAUGUCAAAGCUAUGGUGUUAAAACUAAAUUCCCCUAACUGUUAGCAUGACCUAACUGUUAAAAACUGAGUUUUUGAAAUAUUGGUGUAACUUCUUAAGAUGCUCAAAAUGUCAUUACAAAUGCUCUGCAACACUGCCAGUUCCUUAUGAAACACCACUGUGCAUGUUAAGCCACCAAUAAAACAAAACAACAGAAUAAUAACAUUAGAUGUAACAUAUGUAUCCAUAUUUGACAUAUGAAGGAGAGAAAUAUGUUCUUCCAGAGUUAUAGAUGUGAAAUACAUAGGCAAAAAGUGUUGCAUUGUAAAUGUUGCUUUGCAUAUGUACUGAUAUUUUGAGCAUAUAUAUAGAAGUAGAGAAUACUAUAUAUUGAUAUACAUAUUUAUGUAAAAAAAAAAAAGUUCUCCCUCCCCCAUUCCAUAUAACAGUUGGGCAGUAGUUGCAAAUGUUAGGAUGGAAUUGUCUAUUUGAAAAAAACAAACAAACAUGUUUUUCCAGAGAACUCCACUUCAAACAACAGCAUCAUGUCAUU